AUGGCCGCCGAAGCAUCACAGGUGCCGACACCCGAGCAGAUUGAGAAGAACCAAGUCAGGUUCGAGACCGAGCUCGAGGUCGGUCAUCAUCGCUUUCAACACUGCCGAGGUCCCCCCACCCGGCAUCGGCGAAAAGGGCAGAUCUCUACAUAGUCUUUCGCACUGCAAGCUGAUCAUAUCUAUUCAAACUCUUCUCCAGUUCGUUCAAGCUCUCGCCAACCCAUGGUACCUUCACUCGCUCGCGCAACAGGGGCAUCUCGACGACCCGACCUUCCUCAACUAUCUCGCCUACCUCGCUUACUUCCAACGGCCGCGCUAUGCCCGCUUCGUGCACUACCCGCUGUGCCUGCAACACCUCGAUCUGCUCAAGCUCGAGUCGUUCCGCCAUGCGUUGAAGGAUAGCGCUUUCAUCACCGAGCGGUUGGCCGCGCAGCAGUUGGGUCAGUGGGCCACGUGGAGGCAGGGCAAGAUCAACGGGACUGGUGGCGCAGUUGGGAAUAUGAAUGGGAAGAUCAAUGGGCACGGGAGUCAUGCAGAGACAAAGGAGGCCGUCGCAGGGGUAUGA